AUGGACGGUCCGUCCAGCUCUCUGCCUCCGGAGGCCAUCGAAUUGGCCGGGCGCAUGUAUGACGCAGCAAGGGCCGGUGAUCUGGCCACUUUUCAACAAGCCCUCCCUGCUGGUCUGCCGGCGAACCUGACCAACGAGAAAGGCGACACGCUGCUCAUGCUUGCGGCCUAUUACGGCCACGCAGAAUUAGUCACGCUCCUUAUCCAGCACGGCGCGGACCCAAACCGCCUCAAUGAUAAGAACCAGAGUCCUCUGGCGGGAGCUGUGUUUAAGAAAGAAGAUGCCGUCAUCGAGGCAAGUUGUUACAUCUGUUCCGAAACUGAGGCAAUGACUUAUGCAGUUUUCGGCAGGCACUGUUAG